UACACGUGCGUUUUAUGCAUUUUGAGAAGUAAUUUUAAACUUGGAUAACUAAUACAUUUAGGAUGUCGCUUUUGAUGAUCAGAAAACCAAAAACCCGCAAGGGAAAGAAAGUGUUGCUAGCCCGUGAGCCGCAGCUCAUUGAAUCGGCGCGUACAAUGUUGUUUGUGGACGGACGAAAAUGCGGUGGCCACGUUAAACAGUGCAUGAAGGAUCUUCAGCAACUGAAGAAGCCGCUGGUUAAAGUCCUAAAUCGCAAAAACGACAUAACGCCCUUUGAUGAUCCGUCUUCACUGGAGUUCUUGACCAUGAAAAACGAUGCGGCGCUCUUCACGUUUGGCUCAACGUCAAAGAAGCGCCCGGAUAAUAUAAUCAUUGGCCGGAUUUUCGAAAACGAAGUACUUGACAUGUUUGAGCUGGGCAUAAAGCGUUAUCAGGCAAUUGCCGAAUUUAAAACAGAAAAGAUUGGCGCCUGUGUCAAGCCCUGUCUGGUUUUCAACGGCCCAAAAUGGGCUCAAACGGAGGAGUUACGUCGUCUGCGUAAUUUGUUCAUUGACAUGUUUCACCGCGAGAAGGUCGAGUCCAUACGGCUACAAGGUGUCGAGCAUGUGCUUAGCUUCACGGUCACCGACGACAUGAGUGUACUGAUGCGUUCCUAUAAGAUAUUACUAAAGAAGUCUGGUCAGAAGACGCCACGUAUCGAGCUGGAGGAGAUCGGACCAUCGGCUGAUUUCUCCAUUCGUCGCACCAAGAUUGCCUCCGAAGAUCUGUACAAGCUGGCCAGAAAACAACCCAAGCAGCUGAGGGUAACCAAAAAGAAGAACCUCAGCACCGAUGCGCUGGGCAAUACAAAGGGACGCGUUCAUUUGGGCAAACAACAAACGGGUUCAAUACAGACGCGCCGCGUGAAGGCCCUCAAGAAGUCGCCGGAGGAGAAACGCACCGAUCGCCAGAAAAAGAAGGUGGCACUAAGAGCGGCCGCAGCUGAGGCUUUGGCAGCAGCCGAUUGAGUCACAAGCAUUUGCUUUAGGUUUUAGUUUAGGUUGUAGUUGCAAUAAAUUGGUCCAGCUUAAAAUAUA